AUGGUGCAAAUUAUAGUUUUAUCGUUGAUUUUAGCCGUCGCAACGCGUGCUCCAAACUGCCGGGAUCAUGUUACUGUAUUUUUAGUUAUUAUCGGUAAAUCAGAUGCCGAGCAUUGUUGCGGUAAAUUUGAAGAAGAAGCGAAUUGCAGCAACACUUGCCAAGAAAAAAAAUGCAACCCUACUGGUGAACAAAACAUUUGUUCAUCAUAUUGUAAGGACGGUUGUGUUUGUAAAGAAGGCUUCGUCAGAAUAUCGGAUAAUAUGGAUCAAUGUAUACCAAAAUGUUUGUGCUCAUUUUUAGCACCAUUUAUAGAAGAUCAAACGUCUUGCUAUCCUUGUAGCAAAUAUUCACGAUAUACCACGUGUGGUGGUUCAUGCCCCGAAACUUGCAAUCCUUCUGAAUAUGCUGCCGUUCUUUGUUCAGCUGAUCAAAAUUUGGUAGGUUGCGUUUGUAACCCCGGUUUCGUCAAAGUAUCCAUCGAUAUCGAUAUUUGCAUACCAAAAAGAUUGUGCAGAUUCGUGUUGCCUUAUAUCAGCCAAGGUAGUUUUAGUUAUGAAUAGUUAUAUAUAAGAAUACAAAUAUGAAUGUACGCAACUUGCCAUUAUAAAUGUUUUCAAAUCAAUGACCUUCAAAAGUACGUAUCCGGAUUUAUUUGGCAUUUUUUGUAUUUUAUCAACAAUAAAUAAAAGCAAUGGCUUUAUAUUG